GUCAUAAGAUAAGAUUGGGGUCCGGUACUGAUCUCGAAUAAUCAUUCACGCUAUAAUUUGAUCUUUGAUCGGUCACAAUGUUGUAGUGUUUUUAGUUUAUUGUGCCUCGAAGAGACAAAAUCUAACCAUGGCUCAUGUGGUGCAACUAGCGGAAGGAAAAAUUUCUGGAGGCACUAGGACAGAUCUCAAUGGGGAUAAGUUUCAUUCGUUUUUAUGUAUCCCAUACGGAAAAGCUCCAGUAGGCGACCUACGGUUUAAGGCGCCAUUACCUGUUGAUCCAUGGGAAGGGGUAAAACAAGUUAUCACAGAAGACAAAACGCCAUUCCAGAAGAACAUUGUUCUGAAGGAAUAUACUGGAGAAGAAGAUUGCUUGUCUCUUCAUGUAUUUACAAAGAAACUUCCCCAUGAAGAAUCCAAACUGAAACCUGUGAUGGUGUACAUUCAUGGAGGAGGUUUUAUAAUGGGAUCUCACGAAACUACGAUGUAUGGUCCAGAAUACCUUAUGACUGAAGACAUAGUUCUCGUAAGCAUCACUUACCGAGUUGGUCUACUGGGUUUUCUUAGUAUAGAAGACGAAUCACUGGACGUUCCUGGAAAUGCAGGUCUAAAAGAUCAAGUACUGGCUUUAAAGUGGGUCCAGCGAAACAUAAGAAAUUUCAAUGGAGAUCCCAAUAACAUUACCAUAUUUGGAGAAAGUGCGGGAGGGGCAUCUGUUGAAUUUUUGCUGUUAUCUCCUUCAGCCAAAGGUUUAUUUCAUAAAGCCAUACUUCAGAGCGGGUCGACUUUAAAUCCAUGGACUCUUAAAAACUCCCCAGCAACUGAGUUUGCUGAGUUUACCAAACUACAUAACUUGCCUGAUAUUGACAUUUUGAAAAGCUUGAGGCGUAUGACUGUUAGGGAGCUGUACGAUCAACAAAAUCAAUAUAUUAAGUCUAAGAAGCUAUUUGUAGAUUUCGGUCUAAUAACCCCAGUGAUAGAAAAACCCAACCCAACAGCAUUUUUGACAGAGAAACCUAUCGACAUCAUCCAGUCAGGGAAAUACAACAAUGUGCCAGUGAUAAUGGGUUACACCGACAGUGAAGGUCUUCUUCUAGACUUCUUGUCGGCACUUGGAAUGAACGGGGCAAAAGAGGGAGAAGAUAUACCUAUUGAGCAGAUACUACCAUACGAGACAAAUUUAACAGAUGCACAACAAGUCAAACGAUUAGUUGAAAAGUUAAGAAAUUUUUAUCGUCCAGAAGCUGAUCCGGUUGGACGAAUUAAUUUAUCUACGGAUGCCUUGUUUGCGGCUGGAAUAAUCACUUCUGCAAAAAAUCAAGCGAAAGUGUCAAAGAACCCUGUAUAUUUUUAUAGAUUUUCAUUGGACGCAGGCCUUAACAUGCUGAAGAAAAUGGUGAAUGAUACACGUCCAGGAGCUUGUCACGGGGAUGAACUGGGAUACCUAUUUAAAAACCUUUUGACAACAGACAUUGGAGAUGAAGAUAAAACUUAUAUACAUCGAAUGGUAACACUAUGGACAAACUUUGCCAAAUAUGGAAAUCCAACACCACCAGGAAAUAAUCUAAACAUUGAAUGGAAGCCGAUACAGAAUGGUCAGUUGAAUUUCUUAGAUAUUGGAAAACAACUAAAGAUGGAUGUGAAUCCAGACGCUGACAGGAUGAAAAUUUGGAAUGAGCUUUACCAGUGUAAUCCACUGACAGCUAAAUAUUAAAUUUGUUUGCAACAACUCUCAGAAAUACAUGUUAUUAUAUUUUUAUAUUAUAAAAAAUAUUUAUAUCAUAUUUUAAGACUAUACGAAUAAAACUGAUUACUUUAUUUUA